UCUGCUCUAAAGGACAAUUCUUUUGGAAUUUCCUGUCCCCUCAAAAUCAAAUCCUUUUUUAUUCUCUACUUGUUCAGAAACUUCACCAGUAGAUUUCCAUGGAUGAACCCUUCUUCCCUUUUUCUUCACAUCAUUGUUUUCCUUCGUCACGACCGUUAUCUCUGAUUCUCUUGCUUCUUCAUAACCUUGUUUUAUCAGAAAAUCCAUCUAGGUUUCAUCGGUUUCGUCUUGUUCCCUCUGUUCUCUCUCUCUCUCUCUAUCUCUCUCUGUAUUCUUCGUGGUGACCCUCGUCUUUGAUUGACCGAUCAAUCUGAGAUUCCUUAAUUUUCCUUCUUUCCCGCAGAAGAAUUCAUCUGGGUUUUGCUUAAUUUCCUCGGAUUUCCCGUAAAAUUGUAUAAAAAUCGGAGCUUGAUCUGUUUCGCCAUGAACGACGAAUCCUCCAUCUUCGGCGACAACUACGAAAGAGAAGAAAUCAUGGGAAGGAUAAUACUGGUAGCAAUCGUGGUCCUUUUCAUGGCGGUCCUCUCCGUCCUCUUUCUUCACGUCUGCGGAAGAUUCUUCUGGUGGCGCGUGGAACAACACCUCCAUCGAACCCAACAACGAUCUCAGUCCGAUCCAGGUUCCACGGUCAUCGGCCGUCAACGACGUCGUUUCGUCUUCGCGCAAGGCCAAGACCCGUCCCUCUCCUCCGGCCUUGACCCUUCAAUUCUCGGCUCGAUCCCUGUCCUCGUCUUCAACCCACAUGACUUCAAAGACGGGCUCGAAUGCGCAGUUUGCCUCUCCGAGCUCCUCGACGGUGACAAAGCCAGGCUUCUCCCGAGCUGUAACCAUGGCUUCCACGUCGAUUGCAUCGACAUGUGGUUUCAGUCUCACUCCACUUGUCCUCUUUGCAGAAACACGGUCGGCUCGGUCGGAAGAAUAGCAGAAUAUGGAGACGAGGGUUUGUCUCAGAAUCAUCAGAUUUCAUCUCUGGAACCGAAUCCGGAUUCUGGGGUUUCGAUAGAACCCCCAAAUUUCCCGACCAAUGUGCUCGUUUGGGGAGAUCUUAAUCAAGUUAACAGUGUCGGAAUCUCGGUCAUUGAAGAUAUCGAGCAAGCGGAUUCUUCAAACGAUCAUCGAUCAGAAACGACAAGUAGUAACAGAACACAAGAGGGGACGGCAACGGUAGUGGUGGAGAUUCCCGCGAACCCAAAUGAAAAUUUUCCGGCGACGGCUUCUGGUAGAUUCAUGGAAGAAGGAUCAAAAUCUCCAGUGUUCACAAGGCUUAGGUCAUUGAAGAGACUGUUGAGCAGCAGAGAGAAGAAAGUCGCGGCCUGCAGCUGUAGUUCAAGCGGUUCAACCAAUGGCUGAAGAAUUGGAUCCGAAUCGCAGGACUGAUCCAUCGAUCGAUGUAGGGUUCGUGAUUGCAGGAGAUUGCUUGUAACGCAAGAAACUCGCCUGUGUCUUUGUUCUUGAAGCCAGAUGUUAAAACAGAAUCUCGUUCUGAGUUUCUCUGGUGCAAGAAGUGAGUAGGGCAAAAAGAUUCCAUGCUUUUCACCAUUUUCUAUUUGUUAAUUCUUUUUCAUGAGAUUCGAAGAGGUGGUCUCUAAGAAUUGUUAGCAUCUAAUUAGCAGCAAAACCUCCAAACAUGAUGUUAUUUUCCCUGUCGUGACACAUUUUUCUGAGGUUAAAUCAUCAAACGUGUAAUUAACCAUUAUAAAUGAAUUAC